AUAAAGAUGAUUAUUACAAUGGUCGUGAAUCGUGAUUCGUCGUGAACAUAAGUGACAUAUUUUUCGUCUGUAAAGUUGUUUUUGUUUUGUGUUGAUCCGAGAUUAGUAAGUUAUGUUAUAUUUUGAAGUCGAAAUAAAACAUUAAAGUGAUUUCGCAAGUGUUUAAAGUGCUCAAAUAUGUGAAACAUUCCGUAAGCUUAGUAUUGUGCUUUGAAUUGUAAACAAACAAAAUCAAGUGUUGCAUUAUUAUAGGGCAAGACCUAAGUUAAAGAUUGAACAAAGUACAAUGAUAUUCACUUACUAACCUAGGCCUGACAAUUUUCCCGUUUAAUAUGUUGAUGCUUUAUUUACUUUUUUAGUUAGUCGCUAGCUGACUUGGAGAACUUGUCAAGAUUCCAGUUUUAUGGGUUAGGAUUCAUGAUAUUGCUUAUGAUUCAUUCCAAUGUCCCACUUAACUGUAUAAUUGUUCGUAACUUUGUAUUAAUCAGUUCAUCAUGGAUCAAUUCGUCCCACCACUGAAAGCCACCUACAAUUACAAUGUUAGCCAAAACAACAUGACAGAUACUUUAAACAAUGCAUCAGAACCAGGUUAUGGCAAAAUUGGGAUAACCUCCAAAACUGCUGACAGCCAAGGUCCUGGUAGGUCUAAAUCUAACGGGUUUCUAUCCAAUAGUAAUGGACUUUCACCUUAUGAAACUUCAAGAUCUCUUCCUUCAAGUAUUACUAAUUCACCUAAUCGUACUGUAGGAUAUGUGGAUAAAAACAGGCAGGCAGAGUUGAAAAAUAGGGCACCAGGUGCUAUUGAAAGUAUAGCUAAUGAGGGUUCUGGUCCUCCUAAAAUGCAACAGUCUUCUGACUAUAAAUUUUACGAAAGAGGAAACAUCAUUGCUGCAUCUAAAUAUGCAACACCUAAACCAGUCGAAAAUAUAACAUCAAACUUAUCUAAUAUGGGUAUUAGUGAUAAAACGCUACCUGAACACCAACCACGAGUAGCGGUUGCACAAUCACAUGUUUUCCUGGGAAACCACAAUGGUGCGACUCAAAAUGUCAUUGAUCACAAUAAAUAUUACAGUUCCUCUUUUAUGAUAAAACCAGGUGCCCCAAGUCCUACACAUAGCCACAGCGGAUCAAGCAGGGAAUCAAAUAGCCCCAGAACUAGUAUUACAGGAAUUCCGAAUUAUGAUUAUUCAAAGAAUUCACCACUCUACGAAAACAUUGACUACUAUAAUCACAGAGCGGCCCCCCAAGCCCCUCCGUAUUAUCAUCAACUACCACCAACACAUUCCAGUUCUUAUUCCAAUCACAGUUCUCAGGAUUCCAAACAUUCCAGCCCUAGAACUAGCUACAUAAGUGUAGAAAAUAACAGUAACUUUAAAUAUGAAACAAACUACAAAAAAGCUCAACCUCAGGUGCCUGUGGGCAACAAGUACAGCAACCCUAACUCUUUACCAAAUAAAGAGAGUCCUCCAUAUGAAGCGCCUCCUGUUUAUGAGAAUAUCCAAGAUCUAAAUAAGCUUCAAGGUUACGAGUCUUCCAAACCUGGGCCUCAAGUUCCCACACACACAGAGCAACGACCAAUUUCUCACAACGCUGCUAACAUGCCUCCAUCUUACCCAAUGUACAACCCGAUGCAACAAACUAACAUUGUACCUGGUAUUUGUCAACCUUAUCCAGUUCCAUCAAACGCUAAUGCCAGUGCUUCUAACGUUCCUCAACAAUACCAUCCACAAUCAAACAUUAGUAUCACACACUCAUCUCAGCAAUAUACCCCUGCGACAUUUCAGAAACAAGUGAACCCUAGCGCACAAAUUAUUAACAGCUAUGAUCAGAGACACCAUUCUGGAUUACCGAAUCCAGUCAUAUCUAAAGCGAUUUCCACCACACCAUCAACAAUGGGACAAACAUCAGUAGCAACAAGCAACCAAUGCUCGGUCAUGUCUGGGAUUGCGGGUUCUGCUAGCCCGGUCCCGAGAGACUCCUCACCCAGCCCUACAUUGUCAGCUAAAAUGAAGGCUAUUCCUGGAAGUGGAAAGAACUUACUACCCUAUAAUGUCACACCACCUCGUUCGCAGGGUCCUACUGAAGCGGAACGUAAGAUUGAAGAACUCACAAGACAGCUUGAAGAAGAAAUGGAAAAGCAAGAAGAAGAAGGGGAAUAUUUUGGUAUCUGUCACACCUGUGGAGAGAAGGUGACAGGUGCAGGACAGGCGUGUCAGGCGAUGGGCAACCUAUAUCACACAAACUGCUUCAUCUGUUGCUCUUGUGGUAGAGCUCUCAGAGGCAAGGCUUUCUACAACGUACAUGGCCGAGUUUACUGCGAAGAGGAUUACCUGUAUUCGGGCUUUCAACAAACAGCAGAGAAGUGUGCCAUCUGUGGACAUCUCAUCAUGGAAAUGAUUCUUCAAGCUAUGGGGAAGUCGUACCAUCCUGGCUGUUUCCGAUGUUGUAUGUGCAACGAAUGUCUUGACGGCGUUCCCUUCACUGUUGACGUUGACAACAAAAUCUACUGUGUCAAUGACUAUCACAGAAUGUUUGCUCCGAAGUGUGCAGCUUGCGGGAAGGGAAUAACACCUGUGGAGGGAACAGAAGAAACAGUCAGAGUUGUUUCAAUGGACAAAGACUUCCAUGUCGACUGCUACAUAUGUGAGGAGUGUGGCAUGCAGCUGACAGAUGAGCCAGACAAGAGAUGUUACCCUCUGGACGGCCACCUCAUGUGUAGGUCCUGUCACGUCUCUCACCUCAACCACCACCCUCGGACACUACAGAGCGUUUCAGCAAGCUACCAGUACAUGAGUUAAGGAAAAUGCAAAAUAAUUUAAACCGGUUUAUUUAAAAAAAGUUUUAAUUUAGGAUAUAUUUUGUAACAUAUGUAGUUUUUAUUUUACUGUCAUGAACACAUUUUUAGCCUAUGUUGUUUGUAAUUUAUUUAAUUUAUAAUUGUACAUUUACAAUUCUCUAUUGACACUAUUUUUAAUCGGUAUAUAGACAUUUGUUGAAACUUUGUUGUGUAUUUAAUGAUUUUAAGAAAGUUAAAAAGAAAAUAAGUAUUUGGUAUUAUAUGGACUAUUUACAUUUUUUUAUGUUAUUGGUCAAGGUCUCGUGCUUCAUAAUUCCAGUCCAUCAUACGAGGGUCGUUUUUUUUAAGUGAGGGCCGUUUGUACGUACAGCUCCUCAGUUUGUGUAUCCAGCAUGUGGCUGGAGAUUAAAUACUUUUACAAAUUUUCUAGACACACAAUAAAGUGUACAUGUCAGCUACAGAGCUGCAAAUGGUGCCAUUCUGUUUACAGAUGAUGCCAGUAAGCCAAGGCCCCACUAGAAAAACAGGCCAUGCUGCAGGAUCCAUGACGUCACACUUAGUGGAUAGAUUUCAUUGAUAAAUUCAUUGCCAUCGCCAUAUGUUUUAGUUUUAGGUAAAUAAACCAGCUGGCUGUUUGUAAGAUUUUAAUGGUAAGAGUUUAGUACAACUAUCCACCACUGUGGCGUAGUGUUGCGCUGCCUGUACUGCAGCAUAGCCUGUUUUUUACUAGUGGUGCCUUGAGUAAGCCCAGAUGAUGACCCUUGUUGCAAAAACUGGCCUUAUUUAAAAACACCCCUCGUAAAUAAUCUAUGGCUGUUUCAUGUUUUGGAUCUUGCAGUUUUCACAAUAUGGACUGAUAUGCACUUAGUAGACUGAUUUUAUUACAUAAAUAAGCUUAUCCGAAGAAAACACAAUUAUAUAUUUAGAUGUUUGUUAUCCUUUUUUCACCCAAUUUCUUUUGAUAAUAUUUGUACAGUAUUAUUGCACAUUUUAAACAUAUUUAACAUAAUAAUAACAGCAGCAAUUGUUUUUGGGUGGGUAUUAAAUGGUGUGCACAAACUUGCAAAACAGCAAUCCAUUUUGUUCAGUAUUUAUUUAGUUUUAGUAUAAUAUAUUCAUUUAAUGUAUUAUUCAUGAUACCCACCUCUAAUGUCUGAGAAUACAAACAAAUUUUUCCUCAAGUAAAGACCCUCAUAACCCUUCUUAAUAGGUAAAAUAGGUUACUUCAAUUUAAUUUAACAUUGUUAAAUUUUAAUAAGUAAAUUAUAAAUAAUGAUAAUAAUACGUACACACAUACAUACAUAAUACACAUAAUAAUACAUAAUAAAUACAUAAUAAUAAUACAAAGCUAUAAUGUGUAAUAGGUUUGACCGUUGACUAUAAGGUUGAUGGUUUAACUUCUGUACUAAAGAAUUGGUGUUUUACAAAUGUAAAUACCUGCAUUCAUGCAAUCAAUGUGUUGCUAAAUUGCGACCGGUUUCAACUCGCGUAGGAGCCAUCGUCGGGCCAGUAUAGAUGUCUUCUCGCUUCAUUCAAAGGUUAUAAUUUUAUAUUAAAUAAAUACAUUUAACACGCACACGUACAUGAACAUAAAAACAAACAUUUAUGGUUAAAACGAAGGGCAAUACUAUAACGGUAAUGGGACACGACGUGAUCGGGCUGGCCCGAUGUUGACUCCUAUGUGAGUCGAAAACCGGUUGCAAUUUAGUAACACAUUGAUUGCAUAAAUACAGGUAUUCACACCAAUCCCAUAGUAUUUAAAUGCGAUCAGGAGGCUAAAAUUCAAUAUACUGUAAUAACUUCUGU